AUGAGCGCUCUACCUUGGCUAACGCCAAUAGCCGCCUUGCUCCUCUACCUACUAUGGCGUCUAAUACAAGUUCCACGGACAAGACAGAAAGUAGACCUCCUGCAGGAUGAAAAGACAACUCCAACAGACCCAUACACCGCCAUCGAUCUACUAUACAACUUCGACUACACGACCGAAGAACCCAUCAAAAUCCGCCCCUUCAAACCAAAAUACCACCUCACCAUGGCACUGGAGAACUGUCCACUUUCCGAACUCAUCGCCAUGGACAAAACGUACCUCGACCGCAUGAAACUCCGGACAUCCAUCCUCGACGCCCAUACGAAGGAGACCUACCAAUGCAACGAACCCUGCACGGAAGCCGUGUACGAAAUCUACGAGUGGACGUUCGGAACGUACCUGCCCAGGCGGUUUCCAACGAUGUACAGACUCUGCUCAAACCCCGACGCACCCUCAGGCCAGGUCAACUUCCUCCACAACAUCCCCGCCAACGAAUACAUCCCCCUCACUCCCCCCUCAGCAUCCUCAGCCCUCUACACCCUCGGCCGCCACAUCGACACCGACAUCCUGCUCCUCCUCCCCUCCUCUUCCGCCGUAGACGGCAUGCCGAUCUACCACCUCCAAGCCUACGUCUGCUGCUUCCCCUCGGGUUUCAAAACACACGAGAAACUCGGCCUCCCUUUAGCCUCCAUCCACGCGCCCGUUCCAGGGUAUAAAGCCAAGCUAGAGAAAUCCAUGGACCGCUUCUUCGCGAAGAUGGAGCUGGGGAAAGCGGUGCGGAGGGCGAAUUGGAGCGUCACUACUGAUGAUAAACUGUUUAGUAUGGGGGGGAGUCAUAUGUAUGAGGACGGCAGGACGGAGGCGAGUGGAGGGAACCAGAAGACGUUGGAUGUCGAGGCGGAGGAUCUGGAGGAGAGUAUUGAGGUGCAGAGGAAGGAGGUCAGGGUGGAGGAGUGUAGGUUGAGGUGUGAACGGCAGACGUUGCAUCGGUUGCCGAGGACGAAGGCGUUGGUUUUUGCGUUUAAGACGUUUCAGUAUACGCUUGAUGAGGUGAAGAGUGAAGGAAGUGGGGAGGAGUUGGCGGAUGCGGUAGAGGGGCUAGGGUUGGGGAGUGUGCCGGACAUGGCGUUUUAUAAGCGGCAGGUCGUUUGGGGGGAUAGGGUUGUGGAGUUUCUUCGAAGUUGA